AUGAUGUCAAAGGUACUGUUGGUUGCAUCGCUAAUGGCAGCGGCAGCCCUGGCUUCACCCGUCUACGGCCCCCUCUCGUAUGGGCCCGGCCUUUCGUACGGCUACGCGGCCAAAGCCAUCCAGCCCCUGCACACGGUAGCAGCCGCCCCGGUUCUGCACGCUCCCAUCGUGGCCGCGGCACCCGUUCUGAAGCACGUCGAGGCGUACGAUCCGAACCCGCACUACAGCUUCAGCUACGGCGUGUCGGACCCGCACACCGGCGACUCGAAGCACGCGGAAGAGACCCUGGCCAACGGCGUCGUCCACGGUAGCUACUCGCUCACCGAACCGGACGGUACCAUCCGCAAGGUGACGUACACGGCCGACAAGAUCCACGGCUUCAACGCGGUGGUCGAGAAGAGUGGCCACGCCGUGCACGCCGCGCCGGUGCUGAAGAAGGUGGUCCAUGCCGCCCCGCUGGUACACGCCGCGCUGCCGUACUACCACCAUUGA